CAAGUGCGUGCAGUGAGGUUAUCACGUAUCAGUUGUUAAUCGAUGUUUGCAUCCUUUUAUUAUUUGCAUUGUAACCUCAGUGCCGUUAGCUCAAUAGUAAUUUGAACAGAUAUUAGCUCAGGUAGUCUGAAGCCAUUAGUAUAUAUAGCUUCCCAGUAAUUUCUGCACUAUUAUUUGUUAUAGAAGUGUUUUAACGAUUUUUAAUGUCUUAUACUAUUGAUAGAAAUGAUCCCUAACUAUUGCCGAGCCCCCAACUAUUAGCAAACCUAUUGUCUGAAUGAGAAGAAAGAGCUUUUUUUUCUUUUCGACGCUACAAACAAACUCAUGGCGUCAAACUCGGACAUGCUUGAGGAAUCUUUUAACAACUGUUAAUUUGCAAAUUAUAUCGAAUUUUUUAGUUAUCCUUGACGCUAACCAAUAUCAUCGCUCUUUAAAUCUCAUCCUUUGGGUAUGGUUUCCAAGACCCUUUUCGUACGAAGCUUCUACGAUAUCGUUAUUAAACUUAUCCGAAGCACACAGCUCGUGUGGUAACCCACUGUCUCUCUUGUAAUGUACAGAAAAUUGCAAACUUGUCAACUCUGAUAUUAGGAGUCAUGUUGUCUCAGACUCAAAUCGGUCAGACUGAAUUUAAUUUUUGCUUUUUUAUUCGUUACGGUGGCUAAUUUACAAUUUCAACUUAGUUGAUAUAACCAAUUAUCCUGAAUUUAAAUCCGCCGCACAUGCCGUAUGUUAAAGACGCAAAUUAGCUUUUAUGCGUGUGUUGCUCUCGUUUUCCCAUCACUUGACUGCCUGAAGGAAAAAAAUUCAAGAUAUUUACAUUAAGACUCUUGGAGCGUACAAAUGCGUGAGCGCCCCUCUAAAAACCUCAAUGAAGCUUAUUAAAUUGCACCACCUCCCUUCCGGUGGGUGUCUCCAUUGGUCUCGAUCCGUUUCUCCCAAAACUCCAUUCCAGUACUUACGCGCCUCAUUGUCACGUAACUUCCCUUGGAGACGCUCUUGACGUCUUGUUGAUAGUUGCAUUUUAGCGCGGUGUGAUGUGCGUUUGUCAGCGAAAAGACGACUUUUGACCAUUUUUUUGUCCAAGAAACUCUCUUCCUGUGUCUGGAGUGAUGUGGACUGCAGAGAAUACCUAAUGCCAGCUUUUAGUUCGUUGCCGAAAGCCGCCAAGUCGGCGGUAGGCAAACUUACCUACACAUUUGCGCCAUCUCCACUGAAGGCUAAAACGCACAUUCCAGCGUUGCCAACAAUUUCACCACCAGUUAGCACAAUAACGCAGUCAUACCGACCCAAGGUCCCUGUCAAAUUGGCCACAGUGAGCUUAGUUGGAAGAAGAGGUCACUCCAAGAAUGCUCCCAGUGUGUUGACCGGGGAAAAGGAAGACGAAACUUUUGCAAGUCUCGAGGAAUGCUUGCAGUCUCGUCCUCCACUGCAAUUGGAUCUGACAGGUCCUAAGCCUACAAGUUAUGACCCACCUGCAAGUCUUCCAUGGGAAACUUCAUCACCACAUUAUACAAUGAGACCCAAGACACAACCAGAAAGAGAUAGAGGAGGUGACAGAGUAGCUUGGAGCAAACAGUGGAUUGCUAGUCCAGAUAUCUGGACAUUUAGAACAAACUUUGAUAGCAGGUAUACCUGGCCAUCUCCUGCUCAUUAUACCUCAAGAAAUACUUUGGGCAGUCCACAGUUCAUUCUAUCUCAGUCACCUUCACAUACUUUUGGCAAGAGGCGGGAGUUCUCUAUAUCCAAGAAAGGUUCAGGAGAUGAACCAGCCCCAAAUCAAUACAACCACAGCAAAGCAAAAGAGAAGUUGCUGAAUAAAUCACCAUCCUAUUCAAUUCAGCAAGGUAGACGAGGUGGAACAGUGUUUUGGAUGGCAAGGGAGCCUGUUCCAGGUCCUGGAUCAUACAACCCUCAUAUCUAUCGCACAAGUUCCAAGCGCUGUGCUCCAGCCUUCACAAUGUCAAGGACACCAAGGGAGAUUGGAAACACUCAUAACUGUACCUUUUGAGGGACGUGGAAAAGAUUGUAUUAGUGAGUAUGUGGACACUGCCAGAUCAACUACGCCUUUCAUCUUCUAGGAACAGUACUUUUUCAUCACCAUGGCAUUUGCCAUAAGCGAGUUAAAGGCUUGGCUUUUGAUGUAAGACAUGCAGUAUCGCUUUACAUCUGUUGUUGAUGCAGUGUGCUUAGCGUUUUCGUCACGCAAUUUCUACAUUCUGGAAAAAACACGAUAUUGGCGUGACAAUCCAUGUCGCGAAACAAAUUCAGAUUAUUGUAAAACAAAGAUUAUAUUUUUAUCACUGUGUGUAGAGUGUAUUUAAAAAUUCCUUGUGUAAUUAUACUCCAAACGGGUGACAUAGGUCAAAUACUGAUUAUUAAUGUACAAUGGAGGUUGAUAAAUUUUGUAGCUAAUUUCGUACAGAAUUUGAAUUACUAAUACGUUUUUCUUAAAACAUUAUUUUAAAAUAAAGAUAACAAACACAACAAA